UUUCAGCCCCACAGCAGGCUGGGCUUACAGGCCCUGGGGACAUCCCUAUCCAGUGAGGAGGAGGAGGGGGGCACAGGACAGUGAAGCAAGGGUCAGACUAGCAGCAGCCCAGGGAGGGACCCAGCCCGAGCUUGCCCCCUCAGAGAGGGCUGGCAGCCAAGGGCGCCGCGCACUCAGUCACCGGCGCGCGCUGGGCCAGCCCCGGGCAGGGACACGAGCGGCUGCGCCCGGCGCGGCCGCAGGAAGGGGCCGCACCGCCCUGCCCCGCACGGCCGCAGCCUGGCCUGGGAGCGGCCGGGGGCCGCGGGCUACGCACCCAGCAGGAGACCGUCCAUGUCAAAGAUCAGGUGUCACACUACAAGUAUGCUGUGACGGGUUGGACCUCCCCAUCCAGGAUGCCACUUGAUGUGCUGGGGUCCCACUGAGCCUGUCCAUUCCACCAGCCUGGGCUUCCUCACCCUGCUGUGGCAGGCCCCAAGCCUUCUCUAGCACACACACAGUUAAUGGGAGUGGACUUUCCACCCAUAUAGUGGUGAUAAGUGCAUGCAGCCAGCUUGUUUGAAAUCUGGAGGCAGAAAGUGAAACAGCCUGACGUGAGAUAAGCAUGCCAGCUGUCAGAAAUGGAGUUUUGAAAGAGGAUAUCCGCAUGUCUGCAACCGAGUUCAAAACAAUGAGAAGAGUGGCCAAUUGACUUCAAGGGAUUAUUGGACAUUUCCAGAGGAGGAAGAUGAGGAUCCUUGUACUUCUACUAUUUUAUCACUAUGCCACAAAGAAUGCCAAAAGUUACAAAACUUCAAAUCCCAACUUUAUUUUAAUCAUGGCUGAUGACCUUGGCAUUGGAGAUCUUGGAUGUUAUGGAAACAAAACAUUAAGAACCCACAAUAUUGACAAGCUAGCUAAAGGAGGAGUGACAUUUACUCAACAUAUAGCAGCAUCUCCACUGUGUACCCCAAGCAGAGCAGCUUUUCUGACAGGUCGAUACCCUGUCAGAUCAGGAAUGGCUGCAUUGUCAAACAUUGGUGUCUUCUUAUUUUCUGCCUCUUCUGGUGGACUUCCCACUGAAGAAAUAACUUUUGCAAAACUUUUGAAGCAGAAAGGUUAUUCUACAGCUCUUAUAGGAAAGUGGCAUCUUGGGCUGAACUGUAACAGCAGGGAUGACUUCUGUCAUCACCCCCUCAAUCAUGGAUUUGAUUACUUCUAUGGACUCACCAUGACCAGUCUUAGAGACUGCAAACCAGGGGAAGGCAGCGUGUUUGUGGCAGGUGUUCGAGCAUACCUUGCCAUUCCACUUCAGCUCAUUGGUAUUACCCUAAUCUCUUUGGAGGUGCUGCAUUAUAUUGGCCUCCUCAGAAUACCCCGUGGAGCACUGCGCUACUUCUUUUUAAUAUCUACAGUUUUAUUUGGACUUUUGCUCAUUUUCUUUUAUACUUUUCGAUAUCUAAACUGCUUCUUGAUGAGGAACGACCAGAUUAUCCAGCAGCCACUGUCCUAUAAGAACCUUACUCAAAGAUUGACGGAAGAAGCUGUACAGUUUAUAGGAAGGAAUGCUGAUAUACCAUUUCUUCUUUUCCUGUCCUACCUUCAAGUCCACACUGCUCUAUAUGCAUCAAAGGAUUUCAAAGGAAAGAGCAAACAUGGUUUAUAUGGGGAUGCUGUAGAGGAAAUGGACUGGAGUGUAGGAAAGAUUCUGGAUGUGCUAGAGAAAUUGAAUUUGAAUGAUAAGACUCUUGUAUACUUCACAUCUGACCAGGGGGCACAUGUUGAAGAAGUCUCUAGCACUGGAGAAGUCCAUGGGGGGUAUAAUGGAAUUUAUAAAGGUGGAAAGGCUACAAACUGGGAAGGAGGUAUUCGUGUGCCAGGUCUUCUUCGCUGGCCAGGAGUGGUACAGGCGGGUGUCCAUAUUGAUGAGCCUACAAGUAACAUGGAUAUAUUCCCUACAGUUGUUAAACUUGCAGGGAUACCAUUACCCAAAGACAGAAUUAUUGAUGGACGUGAUCUGAUGCCCUUGCUUCAAGGGAAAAUUCUCCGAUCCGAGCAUGAAUUUCUCUUCCAUUACUGUAAUGCAUAUUUAAAUGCAGUGCGCUGGCAUCCAGGAAACAGUGAAUCUAUUUGGAAAGCUUUUUUCUUCACUCCAAACUUUGAUCCAGAAGGCUCCAAUGGUUGCUAUAAUUCCCAUGUGUGCUAUUGCUAUGGAAGGUUUGUCACACACCAUAACCCACCGUUACUCUUUGAUCUCUCCAGAGACCCCGGAGAGAAGAAUCCACUAACACCAGAGACUGAACAUCAUUUCUAUGAAAUCCUUGAUGUCAUUCAACAAGCAGUAAACAACCAUACAAAAUCAUUGCACAUAGUCUCCAACCAGUUAUCAUGGGGGAAUAUCCUUUGGAAGCCCUGGCUUCAGUUAUGUUGCUCAUCCAUCUUUCUGUCUUGUUACUGUGACCAUGAAUCAGAGGAAAAACUAAGCUUGCCUAUGGCAUGACACCGUUGAAACACACACACAUGCUUUUUGGAUAACAAAUCUGCAAUUUUACCUACAAUAAUUGGAACAAGCGGUAUUGGUAGGUUGUUUUGCUUGAACCACUACAACACCUAACCUUUACAAUCCCACUGGGGCUCCUAGGACUCUAUCAUAGGUGUAUAGUAUCUGCUGGAAUGAAUCCCAAAUCCUACUAUAUAGGGUAAACCAUCUUUUAAAUACACCAUUGCCAAAUAUUUUGAGGGGAGGGAAAACCAAUCCUGGGCCCUCCAUUCCGGAGGAAAGAGUGGCAUAAUCCUUUCUCAUGCAAUGUUUGUAUGAAGCAGGAGUGCCUGCCAUAUUCGCAGAUGGUCAUGCUGUAGUCACUCUACAGAGAGUACUAUUUCUUAAGACCUCUGACUCCAGCUGUGUUCACAAGCUUUGAAGGUAUGAAACUACAGCUUCCAGCUGCAACUGUCACACAUCGCUCCUGCCCCCACUGGUAACUAUCAUCUACUGUUAUGAGAGUAUUGCAGGAAGGGAAAAAUACAAAAAAGAUACCACCGUGAUGAGGACCAUAGAACUACCUAGCUAGAUGG